GUAGAAAUAAUUUUCGUCUUAGGAGAUAUUAACCCCCUAAUAUAGUUCGGUCAAUACGUCAAUUCUUCAAUAAUAACACGUCAUCAGCUGACAAUCUGCAAUGAUAAGCCGUAUGAUGUAUUUAUUCGACAUACACCAAAUACCUUUGUUACUUUUAGCACUCAUAGACACUAACUACUGAAAACUAACCACAAAAAUUAACUUGCAUAUCGAUUACCGGUGUUACCCGUAGUAACGUUUUAUAUUUGUUUGUAAAAGAAUUCUUGGAGUUCGGAAUAUGGCAGAGGAAGGAACGGACGUUGACGUUGCGACACAGGUCAGAAAUUUGCAAGCAUCACUUUUUCCCGUAUGUUCCAAAGGGUCUUUGUUUAAUCAUUUAUUGGAUCGAACAAUAAAAAACGAAAGAUUGAUACUAGAUCAAAAUAGUGAUAUCAAAUCAAAUAUACGAGACGUCAGGGAAGUUUUUCCUUUAAUGAAAGAAGUAGACUGUCCUUAUCAAGCUGCAAGAUGGCCAGUGGAAUGUCAGGUGGUGGACGAAUCUGUAUCACUUGUUUAUCAUACAGAAGUCAACCGAAGGUCAGAAAAAGAAUUAUUGUAUCAAUUUACGGGCAAGGAAAUUCAGCCUAAACAAGUUGGCGAGGAAUCUGGAGAAGUGGUGUAUAAAUACUAUCCAAUAAGUAGCAUCAAUUAUUUUUGUCGGUCAUCUGUUGGGGGUAGUACGUGUACUCAAUUAAAUGAUGUCAUCAUAGAUGCUACAGACUUAUUAUUUGAGUCUCGAUUCGAGUCUGGAAAUUUAGCAAAAGCAGUGAAAAUAACAGGGACGUAUUAUGAACUUUCACUUCGGCCUGAUAUGUAUACCGACCGUCAUACGCAAUGGUUCUAUUUUCGGGUUAAAAAUACUAGAAAAAACAUAAAAUAUAGAUUUUCAAUUGUCAACAUGUACAAAUCAGAAAGUUUAUUCACUGCUGGUAUGAGACCACUGAUGUAUUCAACAAUUGAGGCCAGUCAAGGGAAAACUGGCUGGAGACGUUGUGGUGAAAAUAUUGCAUAUUACCUUAAUGAUGGACAAAAUGGAGAUAGUACUGAAGAGAACCCUAGAUAUAUAUUAUCUUUCCAAUUAGAAUUUCUUCAUGAUGAUGAUCAAGUAUAUUUGGCAUACAGUUACCCCUACACGUAUUCGGACCUACAAGAGUAUCUAAUAAAGCUCAAGGAUGAUCCAGUUAAAUCUUCUUUUACCAAACUCCGUGUGUUGUGUAAAUCAUUAGCUGGAAACAAUGUUCACUACUUGACGGUUACUGAACCCUGUCGUGAUCAAGAAGACCAAAAAGAAAAACAAGUGAUUGUUGUUACAGCACGUGUUCAUCCCUCAGAAACCCCAUCAUCUUGGAUGAUGAAAGGGUUAAUUGAUUUUUUAACUGCAGAUACGCCUCAAUCAAGAGAGCUUAGAAACCGCUUCAUUUUUAAAUUGAUACCAAUGUUAAAUCCUGAUGGUGUAAUAGUAGGCAACAGUCGGUGUUCGUUAAAUGGUCGAGAUUUGAAUCGUCAGUACCGAAGUGUCAUUCGAGAUGCUCAUCCAGUUAUUUGGCACACUAAGCUCAUGUUGAAAAGACUUAUCGAGGAACGACGUGUGACAAUGUUUUGUGAUUUUCAUGCUCAUUCCCGAAAAAUGAAUGUGUUCGUUUAUGGAUGCGAAGGAAAAGGCCGAGAUGGUAGUCGUCUUCGAGAACAAAUAUUUCCUUUGAUGUUACAUAAAAAUACCCCGGAAAAAUUUUCUUUUGAAGAUUGUAAUUUUAGUGUACAGCGUUCUAAAGAAAACACAGCUAGAGUAGUUGUUUGGCUUAUGGGCGUUGAAAAUAGUUACACCAUGGAAGCAUCGUUUUGUGGUUCUUCGUUAUCUGGCACUAGGGCUCAAACACAUUUUAAUUACAAAGACUUUGAAGAUAUGGGUAAAACAUUUUGCGAGACUUUGUUAGACUAUUACAGCAAUCAUCCACACAAUGAGCGAAUGAAACUUAAAAUAUGCAGUAGACUCAUGGAAAAAGGAUCGAAUGCAGAACAACCAAAAAAUGUUGAAGUAUCAGAUUAUACAAGUGAUGAAAGCUCAUCUAGUUUAUGUGAAGAAUUUUUAGUUGGUGUUUCAAAAGUUAAUGUUAUGAUGAAUGAAGUUAAUGAUUCUUCUACACCCCCUAUACCAAUCGUAGUGGUUCCACCUAGCACACCAGUUAAACAUCGAAAAACAAGAAGAAGAAAAAGAAGAAAAUCAAAAUCGAUUAACUAUAGUAAAUAGCUAUGGCUAAUUAAACUAAAAUGAACCAAAAGUGUGGAUUUUUAAGCCCUUUUCAGAAUUUGUUUGGAACACUAUAUUUAUUUCUUCUUUUUCCAAUCACAACUACUUGGGGUAGGUCACUCGUAAGUCACCUUUCUGUCUCAUUGAAAUUUUCUUAUCCCACAUAAUACCAGACGCAUCUUUCCACUUUACCCAUCUACACUCAAUCCUAUAUAUCAAAUAAUUGUUAAUGCCACUGUUCUUUUGUAAACAUGACCAUAAAUAUUUAAAAAAAUAACAAGAUUAAAAGUAACACUUCCAAUUAAAACAAUCAAGAAUGAUUGUAGGCCAUUUAUAUAGUCCAUUCCAAAAAGCAAUCAGAUUUUUUUACGGAUAAAAAUUGAUAAUUUGUUUUUCAGAACAUUCAUUUUUAAUUAAUUGGUUGAAAUUUUCUCUGCAUAAACUUUGUUGUUAUGUAAAAUAAGAGGAGGUAAUUAGGUUUUCUUAAAUGAAAAUAAUUUACAAUAGAACAAUCAAUAAAUUCGAGAUCUUACGAGAAAAGCGUGUAUUAUCGAAUGAGCAUUUGUAUAAGUGAUAUGAAGAAAUCAAAAAUUUUGAGCAGUCUUUAGUAGACAGUAUUCUUGUCUCUGUCUGUAGAGUUUUUGACGUAAUAGAUUGAAUAUAAUAAUUAUUAUUAAUAAUAAUUAAUUAUUAAUUAAUCACGAAUUCUCUAUAAUCAGUAAAAUUAAAUAAGUGCAGAAAUGAGACAUAUCCAUAACAUAUUGCGUUUCGCCAUUUAACAAUUAUUAAACUUAAUGUUUUUUUACAUUAGCGACUAAAGGAUGUGUUUCAUUUUCACAUUCAUUAUUCCUCAGUGUGUAAAGAAAUAAAUUGUGUUAUAAAAUACAUUUGCUAUAAAUUGUGCAUGACCCUUUACUGAACUCAUCAAUUUAUAUACUCUACCUUUUACUAAUCCUUUCUUCAUGGGCUAAUUUCCACACCUCAAACCUUUGGUUAUCUUCCUUUAUAUAUCCUCCUGUCAACUAUUUUAUCAGCAAACAACAUACACCACGGUACGUCUUCUUAUAUUUCGUUAGUAAUAAGCUAGGAAAGCACUAUACCUCAUCGAGCAUUAAACCCAUUUAUAAUAAUUGUAUAUAGUGAGCAAACUUAAUUUUUUUUGGAAGGCUCGUUAUAUAUCUAUUGUAAUGCAGUUAUAGUUAGAUCUAUAAUGAAAUUUAUUAUUUUUUAUGUAUUUUAUAAUUACAUUAUUUAUCUUCGUUUUUUCUUACGUUUAAUAUUACUAUUACCUAUUUUCUACAGUGAUGGAUGGAAUUACUAAAAUAAAAAUAGGAAGGUAGUUCAGAACACAAUAUUUAAAUAAUUUGAAUAACCAUUCAAAAUAAUAUUUAGUAAUAAACUCAUAUAGCAAAUAAAUAAUAAAUGAUACUUUUUUAAAUAAAUUUAAAAUUCUAGUUUUAGUAUAAUUUAACCUUUUGUAAAAGCUUAAAUUUGAAAAUUGGAAGUUGAUAAUUCACGAUUGCCAUUAUAUUUUAAAUGAAAUGAAAGAGAUUAUUCUGUUUCAUUUAUAUAUAUAUAUAUAAUAUAAUAUUUUCCUUUUCGUCGGGGAUGCCCUGUAAAUUGGUACUCAGAAUAGGCCAACAGUAACUCCUGCUUAUCAUAAGAGACGAUUAAUAGGAGGUAGAGGAGGAAUCAGUAACCGCUACUACUGACCAUUGGCGAUGUCUGAAUCAGAACUAACGACAAUGGAAGGAUUUGGUGCAGAUAGCUUAAAUAUCUUCUAAGAACUGACCCAUCAAUUGCGAUACAGAAAGCCAGAGGAACCUUCUGCAUUAUAUUUACUAAGUAUAAUGAUUUUUGAUAAUGAAUAAUGUAGAGUUAAAAAAUUCCUUUUUUUUAAACUAUUAUAUAUAAAAUAAAAAAGAGAAUAAUUGAUACAUAAAAUGUGGGAUCCCUAAAGAUAUAUGGAAUAUUAGAAAAUAUUAAGUUGGAAAUGAAGCAUUAUAAUAUUGACUUACUAGUCAUAAAUGAGAUAAAAUGGCCUGGUCAAAGUGAUUUUUGAUUAAUUUUUGCUAGACAUGACAAUAAGACGCAGGGGUAGGUAUACUUAUGAAUAAAAUCACGGGAAAAAGUGUUACCACCGUAGUUCAAUACAAUAUUAGAAUAUUUGAUAUUAAUAUGGAAACAAAUCUUGUUAACACCUUUAUUAUACAAGUAUAAAUGCCUAUCUCAAGUCACGGAGACGACGAAAUUGAGGAAAUAUAUGAACAAAUUGACAAAGUUAUCAAAGGAGAAGGAUAAUAUAAAAAUAAUGGGGGACUGAAAUGCAGUUGCAGGAGAAACUCAAGAGCAGAGUAUUACAGGUGCUUUUGGGCUUGGAAAAAGAAAUCAAAGAGGCAAGAGACACUAUUCGAGUUUUGUAAAAAGCAAAACUUAAUAAUUACAAACACUAUUAUCACAGUCUAAGCGCAGAAGAUACACAUGAACUAUGCCAGAAACUGGAACCAGAUAUCAAUUAAAUUACAUCCUUGUGAGAAAAAGAUACCAAAAUCAAUUAACCCAAGCAAGUUUCCCUGGGCCAUACGGAUACAGUAUAUAGAAUAGUGCAGGUCAAACAGGCCUAAUAAAAAAAAAUUUUUUUUACUUCAAACAGAAUAAGUUUGGACAUCAGGAAAUCACUUAUAAAAAGCUUUGUAUGAAGUGUAGCUCUAUAUGGAGCAGAGACUUGGACAAUACUGAAGACUGAUAAAGCCAAAAUAGGAUCUUUUGAAAUAUGGUGUUGGAGAAGAAAGCUAUAAGUUUUAUGGACAGAAAAAAUAAAAAAUAUUGAGGUUUUUAGGUGAAUGAAUACACAAAAAUAAAUAUGGAUUAUGCUAAGAUUGAGAAGAAAAUCAUGGAUCGGACACGUAAAUUAUUGUGGUUAUCCUCAGAUAACCACAAUAAUAGAAGGAAAACCAGCGAAGAGGUAGGCCUAGAACUCCAUUUCUGAAACAAUUGAUAGAAAGUAUAGGAAUAGGAACAUACUGGGAGUUAAAGAAGGUUAUAAGUGGCAGAGAUGAAUGAAAAGAGACAUCAAUAAUCAUUUAACCAAUCUUCGGAUUGGAAAAAAAAAUAUGUAUAUUACGAUUUUUUUUAAAAUGAAUAAAUUUAUAAUUAAUGAUAAAUAAUUUAUAAGUUAAUAUUAGUGCAUAUUUU